CAGGGAUGCCGGAGGAUCUGGCAGUUGACAGAACCGUUAAUACAUCGAGUAUUGAAAAGGAAGAACUGAUAGCGAAGAGAAAAAGCAAGAAGGAGAAAGAGAGAAAGGUAACCAGAAAAAAACGUGGUUUUCUAAGAAAAGGAGAGGAUAUUCUAGAUGUAUCCAUUCACGCUAAGGGUGGGAAAAUUGAACGUGGUCCUAAUGCACACGACGACAGCGACAACCGUUUUGUAUGGUGUUCAGCUUUGCUAAAGAUGUCGAUUAAAAGUCUGUGGCUUGAAUUCCGUGGAUGCCGUAAUUACAAACCACCGAAAUACACAUGUGAUGAGUACGAGAAGAAGAGAAAUGAUAUAAAAAAUAGGUACAACGACAUCAUCUGUAUGGACGCCACGAGGGUAAAGUUGAAAGCUCGCAAUCCAAAAGAUGACUAUAUUCACGCUAAUUGGAUAAUAAUGCCUGACAAUCAAAAGUACAUCUGUACUCAGGGCCCAGUUGCUGAAUCCGUAGAAGACUUUUGGCACAUGAUUUUUACCGAAAGGAGCAAUGUGGUUGUGAUGCUUUGUAAUUUUGUUGAGGGAACUCAUGAAAAAUGCUACCAGUACUUUGCGAACGAGCUCAACGAAUGUACGGUAUUUGGUAUAUAUUCUGUCACUGUCAGAGAGUUUUAUGAGGAUGAUCCAACGGGAACAUUACAGCAUAAAUUGAUCGAAGUCGAGGUCUUAGGCAAGAUCUUGCAAGUGCAUCAUAUUGCAAUCUUGGAUUGGCCCGACCACAUAGCCCCAAUCAGUCCACUAGCUGUCGUGACUAUGUUGAAGCUGGCUCGAAUGCUAUGUGAGGGAAGACCGAUCACAGUCCACUGUUCUGCUGGCAUUGGGAGGACAGGCGCUUUCGUAGGAAUCGACUACGGUAGCCAAAAAAUUAGAAAGGACGGCAAGACGACAAUGACAAGUGUUCUCAAAGACCUAAGACAUCAACGGCUACAGGCAAUACAAUCACCAAUACAAUACACCUUUCUUUAUAUUUGCAUUCUUGAGAUGUUUGUGCAGGAAGGCGUAGUGGCACGUGAAGGAGCUGUUCUCGACUACUAUGAAGCCUACGAGAACAUGAUCAAAAAAUACCAAAAAACGUAUAAGGAGAAGCAAGCAGACGGCUAG